GUGGCAGUCGUCGUGUCGUAAAGCUGGUAACGCCAACUGAAUUUUGCCACUAUUUUAUUCUUCGUUCUCUUCUAGUGAUCAGAAUUAUAAGAUAAUCAGUAAAUUUUUUUUAAAUCGUUCUUCUGUAAUCUUCUCCAAUAUUAUGUGUCAGGAUCUCCUAUGUAAUCAAUAAUAUUGACUCUCUUGUAGUGUAAUUAGUGCAAUAACACAAGUGAUUUUAUAAACGAUAAAGGUUAGUUUUGUAGAGCCCUUGUCCUCUUGUGUCUACGUUCGUUCAUUGCACAUUUUGCGGUGGAUGGUUUCUCUUAAUCAUUCAGCAAGAUCUUAGUUUCAUUUUCAAUCAAUUUAUUGCUGAUUCGUCGUUUCUUUUACUUAUUCUAGCUUCGAAAAUGACUGCAUCAAGACGCUUACAAAAGGAACUCAUCGACAUUCGUGCAUCAGGAAUGAAAUCAUUCCGGGAUAUUCAGGUCGAUGAAUCAAACGUGCUUUCCUGGCAAGGACUGAUUGUGCCAGAUAAUCCUCCAUUCAACAAGGGUGCGUUCAGAAUUGAGAUAACUUUCCCGGCUGAGUAUCCGUUCAAGCCACCCAGGAUAAACUUCAAGACAAAGAUUUACCAUCCGAACAUCGAUGAAAAAGGCCAAGUCUGCUUGCCGAUCAUAAGUGCUGAGAAUUGGAAGCCUGCUACUAAAACUGAUCAAGUUAUUCAGGCACUUGUGGCCUUGGUUAACGAUCCGGAGCCAGAACACCCUCUGAGAGCUGAACUGGCCGAAGAAUAUUUGAAGGACCGUAAGAAGUUUGUCAAAAAUGCGGAGGAUUUCACAAAAAAGCACAGUGAGAAGAGGCCGUCUGAUUAGUAUGCAAUUGAAAGAGCAUUUGAACUGAGCUUAUCUCACCUUAAAAAAAUUGUGUAUAUUCUCAUCAUUACUCUCUUACAUUUUAGUUUAUGAUGUUCGAAAUAGUUCAUUAUGGGGUGAUUUUUACUUUGUUAGUAGGCUCGAGUUCAAAUUAUAUCCUGAUGAUUUUACAUAAUCAUACUCAUGAUGAUCAUCAUCAUAUUUUACUAAUGUGCAGUGCUUUUAAUCUAAAUUUACUGAUCCAGUCAUCUGCAUUGUUUUAUCAUCAAAUAAUUAUAAUUCUUGGAAAAACUUUCUAUAAUCAUUUUCUACCUGUUAAGCGUGUAUUUUUCAGUUUAUCAGAAUCAGAAGGAAAAUACUAUAAAGUUUGAAGAUAUUUAUAAAUUAGGUGUGCUCUAUAAAGACUUUCAGACUAUGAGUUGUAAAAAAUAUAAACAUUUCAAACGGUUUUAUAUGACUUUCCAAGUUCCUCUAUGAUUGCACACAUAAAUCAUUUCAAGCAAAUUAAUUCAAUAAGUUACAGAGUUCCUUGAAGAUUGUUACUGAGCUUAUUUUGAAUUGAGUGUUGAUUAUUUUUGAUUUCCAAUUAUUCCUAUACCAUUUUCAAUUUUGACAUUUCUCAGCAUUACAGUUCAAACCUCCAUGCAAAUAACUUCAUUAAUCUUCUUUUUUAAUUCAUUAAUUUCUUUAAACUUUGUCAUCAAACAUUUCUCAGACGAGCUUUGAGCAAGCUAUUAUGUCGGGCAUUCAGUGAAUUUUCUUGAAAAAUGUAAUCAAGUUUGAAGAUAUUUAUAAAUUAGGUGUGCUCUAUAAAGUAUUUUUAUCCUUUUAUUCUGUAAAAUGAAUACAUUUUUUCAGUCAGUUUCAUCACUCUCCCAUUUGAUGUAAUAUCCUAAUUUGAGAUGUUUAAUACUUACUACUAAUUUGAGCCUACUAUUUUCUUGAUUAUAGUAAACAUUCUUGAUAUUUUCGCAUUGAAAAGUUUUCGAAUAAGCAUUUCUUAUAUUAAGUUUAACAUCGUUCAUUAUAUCUAGAUAAUAUCUUAAAUAUACAUUUUUUUAGAACUAUGAUUUCUUGAAACUAAUACAUUUUCAUGUGCAAGGUCACAAUAAUUGAUAUUAAAAGAAUUAUGUUUGAUAUUUGAGUUGAUGUUAUAGAAUUAUUGAUGGCUGAGCAAUAUAGCUCCAUUUCAUAAUCUACUAUUAAAAAGUUUUGUACGAAAAUGUAUGGAAAUAUGAUAAUUAAAUAAUCCAAGCAAGUUGUUUUAGUUGAUAAGGGCCUCUUCAACCUCAAUAGAGUAAUUGACCAAUCAGGUGAGAUAAGUUCCAAUUAUUUGUUGAAAAAGUGUAAAAUAAUCAUGAAUAAAAAUUCAUAAAUCCGCGGUUACUAUUAUCAUUCUUUGAAUACUGGAAACAAUAUUGUAUAUGAGUUGGUACAUAAAUUCUUACUUAUCAAAAUAUAUUCAUGAUAUUGUAUUUUUUCAGAGAUUUGAUUUCCUUCGAUUGUGUAACGAUAACUCAAGAUUGAAUUGUUCAAGUUUUGUGUACCAUGUUAUUUAAAAUAAAUGUUUAAAAUAUUGUA